AUGUCGGGCGAAGAUAGGGACCAAAAGAUAGAGGAUGCUCGGAGGAGAGUGGAGGAGCUGAAGAAGAAGAAGAAGAAGGCGAAGAAGAAGAAGGCGGCUGCCGAUGUUGACGAAUCCGCGACCGAGGGCGCAGCCCCAGACACAGACGACGCAGACCAGCCCGCGAUCGCUGAAGAGGCGACACCAGCUGCAGAGGGCGGCGCGGGAGCCGAGAAACCCACUGUGGACAACGCAUCGGUGCCAGCCGCGGCUGGCACCGCUCCUGGUGCAGGUACUGAGCAGACGGCAGUAGAACCUGCCGCCGUGGAGACAGACACGGCGUCCGGUUCCACGCCCGCACCAGGGACCAGCCUGGCCGACAAUGCAGCUCCCGUAACAAGCUCUGCCGCGGAAGAGCUGUUCGGCGAGGAGGAAGGGGCCGACGACUUCAUGACGACUCUGAAUGAGAAGGAGGAAACGAACGAGAAGGAAGAAACGAACGAGCUCGAGGCCUGCAAGCUGCAGGUAGUCGAGCUACAGGCGCAGAUCAAGCAGCUAAAGUUCCAGAACAUGGAACAGGAGACGGCGAUGGAGGAGCUGCAGGAGCAGGUGGGCAACCUGACGCGGGAGCUGGAGGCCAGCCGCGCGCAGCUGUCUGCGACGCAGCGCGAGCUGAGUGAGGCACUUGCCGCGCGGAACUCCUUGCCGCAGAGCCCCGCGCCCGCCCGUCUGCUACAGCAGCAGUCCCUCUCGCAACAGCAGUCCCUCUCGCCGCGGCAGUCUUUCUCUCAACAGCAGUCCCUCUCGCCGCGGCAGUCCCGCGACCUGCCGCAGCCUCGCACGGAUGCCGAGCAGAUGGAGAAGUGGCGCCACUGGAACGUGGACAUGACAGGCUGGCGCUCCAUAGGAACCGGCCCGGUCAUAGACUUCUAG